UCCCUCCCUCCACAAGCCAGGAUCAGGCAGCGCGAGUGGGCUCCAACAUGGCGGACAGCGCCAGCGAGAGCGACACGGAUGCGGUGGGCAGCUCGUCGGCGCUGCCGCCCUCCAACUCAUCGGCCGCCUCCAAGGCCGGUAUCGUGAUCUCGGCCUCGAAGCUGGAGGAGCUGAGCAACCGGCUGGCCUCGCUGCAGCAGGAGAACAAGGUGCUGAAGAUCGAGCUGGAGACCUACAAGCUCAAGUGCAAGGCCCUGCAGGAGGAGAACCGCGACCUGCGCAAGGCCAGCGUUACCAUCCAAGCAAGGGCUGAACAGGAAGAAGAGUUCAUUAGUAAUACAUUGUUUAAGAAGAUUCAAGCCUUGCAAAAAGAAAAAGAAACUCUGGCUGUAAAUUAUGAGAAAGAAGAAGAAUUUCUCACCAAUGAGCUGUCCCGCAAGCUGAUGCAGUUGCAGCAUGAAAAGGCUGAACUGGAACAGACACUGGAGCAGGAACAGGAGUUUCAAGUAAACAAAUUGAUGAAGAAGAUCAAAAAGCUGGAGAAUGAUACUCUUUCCAAGCAAUUUACACUUGAACAGUUGAGACGUGAAAAAAUUGACCUUGAGAACACCUUAGAACAAGAACAAGAAGCAUUAGUAAAUCGAUUGUGGAAGAGGAUGGACAAACUGGAAGCAGAGAAGCGUAUUUUACAGGAAAAACUAGAUCAGCCUGUGUCAGCUCCGCCAUCUCCAAGAGACAUUUCCAUGGAAAUAGACUCACCAGAAAACAUGAUGCGGCAUAUCAGAUUUUUGAAAAACGAGGUAGAGAGGCUAAAGAAACAACUCCGAGCUGCCCAGUUACAGCAUACGGAGAAAAUGGCACAGUAUUUAGAAGAGGAACGUCACAUGAGAGAAGAGAAUCUGAGGCUCCAGCGAAAACUCCAAAGAGAAAUGGAAAGGAGAGAGGCCCUUUGCAGACAGUUGUCAGAAAGCGAGUCUAGCUUAGAAAUGGAUGAUGAAAGAUAUUUUAAUGAGAUGUCUGCACAGGGACUUAGACCUCGCACUGUAUCCAGUCCAAUCCCUUACACGCCAUCUCCGAGUUCCAGCAGGCCUAUAUCUCCUGGACUAUCUUAUGCAAGCCACAGUGUUGGUUUCACUCCUCCUACUACUUUGACUCGUGCUGGAAUGUCCUAUUACACAUCACCUGGUCUUCAUGUACAGCAUAUGGGAACUUCACAUGGUAUUGCGAGGCCUUCCCCAAGAAGAAGCAACAGCCCUGACAAAUUCAAACGCCCGACACCUCCGCCCUCCCCAAACACACAGACAGUGGUUCAGCUGCCACCGCCACCACCUCCGCCAGUCCAGCCAGCGCUUCAGUGUGCAGCAUCCCAACCAGCCCAUCCCCAGCCUUCAGCAUAUCCUCCUGCUCCUCCUCCGCCAUAACGUGCAUGUGCUGUGAAGCAACAGCACCCAGAGUGGACUGAUGACAUAAAAGCAGUUUACUAAAGCCAAAGGCUUAACUGGCAUCUUUUGGAUUUGACUUAUUUGCACUGAGAUUAUAUAGGCUUCACCGCUAACUGUGUUGUAAAUGUUUGUCUGGAGGGCAGCCAGUGUUGUUUGUCCACAACACUAAUUUACUGCAUUUUUGUCAGUGUUGACUGGAACCUCAUGCACAACCUUCAUCUUGUUGCUUCAGAUAUCUGCCACAUCCAUUUGGUGAUAACAGUACACAAUUGAAUGUCCUGAUGGUUCCAAAGCUUCAUUCCACAGAUUCGUAAAACAAAACACACGCACACACUUACACAAGAAGACCUUUUGAUGAUUUUCAUUACAAAUUUUGCAGCAAUUGCAAGCAUGAUGUGUCUUGUUUUCUAGGCUGUGUUUAUGCUUCAGUGUUAAUGCUUUUGUGUCUUGUUGGGUUUUGCCAAGCAUUUACAGAAUUAGCACUACAUUUUGGAGCAAAGUGGCAACGGAGUUAUAGGGGAAAUAUUGAGAUUUGUCAAGCACCAUCACUAAAUCUAAUGUCUACAGGUGGUCUGAUUUGUAUCCAAAUAAACACCAUAUAAGCUUAAUACAGAUUCAGUAUUGAAUUUCUGCCAUGUGCUGUGACUGCUUUUAUUUCCCAGCAAAACCAGUUUUGGCAAAUCAGUACCAUUUUGGCAAGGAUCAUGUUCCAAGUUUACUUAACAAAUUUAUUGUGGAUCUGGCUUGUGGCAACAGGAAAUAUCAAUAACAUUUCAUAUUUCAAUCCAGCAAUCAACAUUUUUUGAUGUAAACUGUAAACUUGGGUUUUAAUGUCUGUGGGCUUUGUAGAUGGUAAAUCAUUUAGACAAGCGACCUGGCGUGUUGUGCUGAUUUUUGAGCAAAUGUUGCCUGCUGUAAAAUAUCUGCUUUUGACGACUAGAAAUCAUCAGCUGAAAUAUUGGUGAAUCCUGCGAAUUCAAGUACCAUGUUGAAAGAACAAAUAGUUUUUAUUUGCUGCCAAAUCAGUUUUUAUUAGGAUUUGAAGAUGUGACUGAAAAAAAAAGUAACUGUUUUGAACAGAUGCCUUGUGGUGUAAUCUGCUAACUGAGGUGGAAUCCUUUCCAGUUACCAAGGUAUAAUGCAAUUGUAGCCAAAUAAUUUGGUAUUGCUUGGUAGUUAAGGGGCAGGCUGCGGAGAGGGCAAGUUCUUGGCUGUAAUGAAAGCUUCAAUGAUACGUAAACUGGUACACUGUACAAAAGGGAGCAACCGCAAGUAUAAUUUUCCAUUCAUCCAACAAAAAUAAAUUGUUUGGUUUCACUUUGCAGCAGCAUCAAAAAUGUAAGUGUCCUUCUUUGAAACAAAAAGAGAAGCGCCAUGCUGGGGAGAGGGCUGUGAAGAGAACAGGUAGCUGCCAUCUGUGUUUUGUGCCAUUGUUUACAACAAACCUAGAUAUGUUUAUGCUGGGUAGUUAACACUUUGCUGAGGUACUUGGAGCACAAAGCCAAUUUUGGCCUCUGUUGAGGUAACUUCUCAAAGCCAAGACAGCCAGCUGUGAUUCUGCAGAUGAGUUUGGGUGGCAGGGCCUAAUUUCUUGCCCUGAUUGCUGUCAACUGACUCCUGACUUGAAACUCAGCCUGUGUAUGUUAGAUAAGGGCAAGAUCAAGUUCAGUUUCAAUGUCCCAGUAUUGCCAAGAAUGCUGUCAAUUCACUGUUGAUAUUCACCAUAUAAAUACUGAGUUUUAAGACAUUGUCCGAUCAGGACUGGAAUGCUUACCAAGUCCAAUAAGUCCCCAACCUUUGUGGAUACUAAUGCCGAGAGGUAGCUUGUGGUUCCCCAGACCCAUAAGGCUGGUGUACAGAGGGAGGCUGAUUUAAUUUAGUGAUAGGUACAGCACAUCCUGAUAAGAUCAACUGGUGAAUUUCGAGUGUACAAUAGUUUGGUUAGUGUAUAUACUAUACAUAACUUGGGUACUGAGACCUAUCUCAGCUGUGGUCAAGGCCUACUGUGACCAAAAUAAAGUUGACCUUUUUAUUAUGAGGUUUCAGCCAUGGUCUUCUGGAUAAUAACGUGAAAUCAAACCAUUCCUUGCUGAGGAAACUACAAAUCUGAGUGUGGUUAAAAGUUUACCCAAAGUGGUUGCAGGAGUACAAAAUCUACUGCCAGGAUUUUGAAAGAUGCAUUGCUCCAACCAUCAUGGGGAAGUUCAGACCAAGUGCGUCCUUGUGGCCCUUCCCCAAACACACGAUCAAUCCACUGUACCCAUGUUUAGCUGGUCUACUAUCUCCAAACGACCCAAAUUCCAAGGUUUUGUAGCACUAGACCAGAUUUCUAGCAGACGAAAUUUGAUAAUCAGUAGUUGGUGGCUUCCUCACAAUUAUGCAAUUUAGGGAAUAACUAUCCCCUUUUCUUGUGAGGAAGCAGAGGUAAACUGCCUGUUUCAAUUUAGAUUUGUAACAUCUAUCUGUGUCCAGCCCUUUGGUAUUGAUGUUAUCCCUUGUAACAUUUCACCACCUGUGUAGGCUCAGUUAUCCUCUAUUAUCUAUUAUCCAAUUUUACCUGCAAGCCACAUUAGCAAAAGGGCUGAUCAGCAUACUCCCCUGGUUAUGAUGUAACCACUGGUGGUCAGUAUGAUUUGUCAAUUGGUCUGAAAGUUACUGAAAAAUAUCUAAAUGAUUUAAAUCUCAAGGAACAAAUAGGAGCUGGUCACCAAUGGUCAUCUUUCUCUUCUCUUCAUACCCCCCAGUGUCUCUCUUAAUUUGAUCAAAAACUUCUCUCCUAAAACAACUGAAUUUCACCAUAUGUAAUUUUUGUUAUAGAGGUGAUUCUGAUGUAUGAGCUGUGUCUGUUUUGACAUUAGGGAGGAUUCUGAGUUCAGUUUAGAUACAAGGUUAUCAACCUUUUUUCUGCUUUUGAUGUUAAAUGUGGUUCCCACUGUUGUUUUUCAGAAAAUAUGGAGGAAAGAUUCAAAGCCUUUGAGUUUGGCUGAUGGAAGGGCUGUCCACAAUUAACUGCUAAACAUACAGGCACAAUUGAUUAACAGGAGUUAUUUUCGGUCUAGGAAUUGCAACUUUUAAACUGGUUGCAGUCCGGUUUGAUAAGACAGCAAUGUUGAACAAUCUGCAUAUUGUUAAUUGGGCUAGUCUUUGUGAAAUGUCUGUGAAGUUGAGGCCAGACUACGAGAGAGAACAGUGAGAUUUUUUACUGUGAGCUUCCCAAUCCAUAGUUUUGGGUUUACUGAUCCAAGCCCAAUGGAGAGACUUAAGAUAAUUUUAAUGAGCUGGUUUAAAUUAUGCCUUUGAUCUCCAUGUUUAAGAAUUGAGGUGGCACAAGUACCCAUUGUGGUAGGUGCAUAAUUUUCUUUUAAACCGUAAGAGUUUGCUGAUAAAGCUUUGUGCUGGAGUAUGUGGAACAAAAUUUAUCUGAACUUUCGAGUAAUGGUACUUUAACCACCAGUAUUAAAAUAGCUCUAUUAUAGGUUUCAAUCUUUUCUUUAAUCUGAUCUUAUCAGUUAAAUAAAAAUUCAUUCAUGGGAUAAGGGCCAUACUGGUAAGGCCAGCAUUUAUUCCCAUCCUAAAUUGCCCAGAGGGCAGUUAAGAGUCAACCACAUUGCUGUGUGUCUGGAGUCACAUGUAGGCCAGGCCAGAUAAAGAUGACAACUUCCUUCCCCAACAAUCGACAUGAUAUGUGUUUGACCAACUUAACUGUACAAUUAAUCUUUGCAACUGCAUCUAGAGAACUGCACAACCACUCCAAUGGUACAUACUAGUUUCUACGUGGAUCUCAAAUCUACAAGUGAAAUUUUAGUAAAUGCUGUCCAAUAAUAUUGGUGUAUAAAACAAUUAUCCAGGACUAAACAGAAUGGAUGGGAAUUCUUGCAUUUCAGAAUGUACCACUUUCUGCAUAUUGUGCUUAUUCUAAAGCAAAGCAACUUGCAUUUAUGUAGUGUGCCUUAUGUUCACAGGACAUCUCAAAGGGCUUUACAAUCAAUUUCAUAUUUGUACAAUGAUAAUUGCUAUCAUGAAGACAAAUAUGUCUUUCAAAGUCAAGCAAAUUAGGGCUUCGAUUGUUUUCAAACAACCUUUCCAAUAAUGACCUAACUGCUGAUUUCUGUUUUAAUUUCAGCUGGUCCUUGCCUAUUGGCAGUCAUAGAGUUUGGUACUGUUAUACGUUGCCCCAAUCAUUAUUCCUCAUUCAUUAUGUUCUACACCAUGUUGUACACUGAAAAUCUUUUAUAAGUUCGAUGAGCAGUAUUUUGAAUCUGCAGCUGUCAUUCCAUGCUAUUUAAGCUAAGAACUCCAGGUCCAAUCAAAUGGUUUAUUAUUGCUGAAACUUCAGCUUUAAUAAAAAUUCAACUGAUUGCAAACUUAGUGACUGGUUGAGCAACAUGUUGUGCCGGUUGGUUCAGAUAAGUAGACUGGACGGCUGGUUUGUGAUGCAGAUUGACACCAACAGCAUAGGUUAAUUUCCCACGCUCGCUGAAGAUGGGAGAAGGCCGUUUGACCCCUCAAAUUUGCUCUGCUAUUCAUGAGAUCAUGGCCAUUCAUCAAGUUCAAAACCCUAAUCCUGUCCCCUCAAAAUAAUCCCUGGUAUUUUUAGCCAUGAGCUGUACCUGCCUCCUCAUAGAUGUCAGGUGAAACCACCACCAAUCAUGUAGUUGGUGAGCAGCCCUGUGGCCCUCUAGGAUCAUGGUGACUUUACCUGUGAAGGCAGAUAGAGAGCCACAACAUUUAUACGUGAUUAGAAAGUACAUUUAAAAUAUAGUACUGCAGAGUCCUAAUUUCUUCCUCAUUUUAGUAUAAACAUACGCAUAAUUCCACUUUGUUUCAGUGACUUGAAACAUUUCAACCACAUUAGUUGUGUGAGCUUGCAUUGUUUUGUAUACCUGAAUUUUUAAAGCACUUGGCUCAAAUUUAAUUCAAAUUGCACCAUUAUCUUCCAUAUGUAAUUCAUAAAUGUCAUUGCAAUGAGAAUUUAACAAGUUAUGUCCCAUUGUUUUGCAUAAAUUUCAGACCCUAGUCCAUGCUUUUAACUUGACACUGAUUUCUUUAAGACAAGAUGUGGCAAUGCAAAGUUUAAAAACACUGUUGUGCUAAGUUUUAUUUUUCCUUGUAUUUUUUUUGUUCCUCUGUUUUAGUAACUAUGAAUGUUCAGUGUCAUUAGAUCUCUGUGUACAUAAUGUACAUUAGAUAAAUGCAAGAUUUGGGGGAAAUUUCUGGUAGUUCUUUGAUUGCUUUGAUUCACAUUUAAUCCAAGUUUAAACAAUCUUCAGUAUACUACGACCCAAACUUCUGAAUUACAUGAUGAAAACAAGCAAAUUCUGACAUGUGGAAACAGUUUAGUGUUUACAAUAGCAAGCAAGACAUUGUAUAAGAUUUGGUUGUAGUUUAUAAUAUGGUUUAUCUUAAAUCAACUUGUUUACGAUCUGAAGAUUAUUCGGGUGCUUCACAAAUUUACAGAAAUCAUUUCAAGGGCUAUCUUUUAUGGUUGACUUCAUAAAGCAAACAAUGAAAUAAUUGGUUCCAACAUACUUUAGAAAAAAAACUAUGAUUUUGGGCGAGUUAUAGAUAAAUAUUACAGAAGUGCCUUUUUUGUUUUGUUUAGGUGGUGUCAAGUUUUUCUUUGUGUGGGAAUAAUGCGUUCAACUGCAUACGUGCAUUUUCAUUCACCCUAAAGUGCUUGGCCCAGUUAUGCACACACCCUUCUAUUAAGUACUGAGCUUGACAGCAGGAAAUGUGUCUGAAUCCAAAUGUUUGUCCCCUGUCAAUUGAUCUGAAAUUUGCUAAUUGUGGUGAAUUUUCUUUCAGCCUUUGAGCCGUGUAGAACUUCUCGUCUUUAUUUCAAAUUAACACGCUUUAGGUAGCGUACACCACAUUAAGAAAACCCAUGUACAUUGUGAUUGUUUUCUUGUAACUGAAAAUGCUAAUAAAAUGCUUUGUACAAAC